AUGGAUCCGUACAACCAACCAUACAACUUUCCGCCGCAGCAGACACCAGGACCACCGCAACCUCCUUGGAAAGCGCCUCCUCGCAGGUCAGGUUGGGCAGAUCCCAGAUUCGCACAGCAUCAACCGCAAUCGCCUGUGUCUCCAUAUAACACGAACCCGAAUGUUUACGGACCACCUCUUCCACCUCCACCUCCGCCUCCGCCGCAUACCCAGCCUCCGGCUCAACAGCCGCCGCCGCAGUUCGAUACAUCGGCAUGGGGUGUCCGGUAUAAUCACGGCGUAGCUCAGCACUAUGACUCGAGACCUCCUCUUCCUCCACGUCCGCCGAGUGCUGCCGGCCAGAUCAGUCCCCAGUUCGACCAUGCUGCCGCUGCCGCGAACUACUCUUCACAAGCACCACCGAACACUGGCAAUCACCACGGACCACCGCCAGCGCAACACUUCCCUGUCACAUGGAACGGCCCCUACCCUUCGACUCAACCUCCACCGCCCUCGACCUUCCAUGCGCCGCCGCCUCCGCCGCCUCGUCCGCCAGAAUACCAAGCGCAGAUAGAAGCUCAACACCAACAUCAACAAAAUCGAGUCAAUACUCCACACCAGGAAUACUCACACCGGCCUACUUCACAUCACUACGAUGCCCCACUGCAGAAUGUGUGGGCUACACAUCAUUUCCCACCUACGAGCCAGGCAUAUCACCCCACAGCGCCAGCUCCGCAGCAGAUUUCUGCAACAGUGGACCGCCCGUUGGUGUCACCAGUAGAUUCGAGCAGUGGACCUUGGGCCGGACAUGGACAUUCGUCUACGGGACAGACCACGAACAAUCAACAAGACGGACAGAGGACGGAUGGACAGCCAGGACAUGCUCAGGGCGUCAACUUCGGCGGACCGUCGGACUGGGAGCAUUACGACCCAAGCAGACCCUCGGACGAUGUGCCAACCAGCCCGCCAGCACAUCCCGCCGAGCGUUUUCACCAUGCGCAAGGUCCUUCUUCGCCGAGUCAGCCCAGUACUAUACACGAACCACGGUCGACUGGCCAGGGUCCGCCAACAACCUUUGAAAUUGGUGCUCCUAGUCCUGCAUCACCCCACCGGAGGUCGUCACUACAUGGUCGUUAUCCAUCCAGCCCUCCGGCGGAAACGUCGCAAUUGCAUCGCAAAGGCAUAUCAUCUUCUUCCGGCGAGAUCAGUGGCGAGAUUUCUGCUGAUGGAGGCGGGACACAAGAUGGCGUGAGCCAGCCCUCGGACGCCCCUGCACGGACACCACCGGUUACGCAACGAGGCGAUCAGCCCGAAUCGCGUGCCUCUGCUCCUGCUGUGUCGCCCGAAACGCAGAGAAGCGUGCAAGUCGUGGAUCCGUAUGCCGACAUGGAACCAGAGUUCAAGGCGUCACUGAACAGAUACGCCGCAAUGCUGAGAAAGGAAUCGGCGGCGGAGACGGAUGAGGAGAAAUUCAAGAUCUUCCAGGCGUUCAUUCAGAAAGAGCUCCGGUUGAGAAGCCUACUUUAUGGGGUCGGGGUCGAGUUGAACCAGGCCCCAAAGGAGGUCAACAAGGCUGCUAGCCUGGCAGACAUCCUGGCAGACAUCCAGGCGGUCCUGCCCAGUGCCAUCGAUGUUGCACCCAUGGACAACUCAGCUGGGGCAUCCUCUGAUUCUGACGCUCACAAGACGAUGGAGCCGACGGCUACGACAAAUCCCAAGGAGCUUCCGCCGCCUCUGAGCACGACGGACGAAGCACCCGCGCAGCUUGCCGCAAUCCUGACCGACGGGUCAGCAGGGCAGCCAAAGCCCGAGCUGUCCGAGCCUAGUCGCGCCGAACCUCCUGCUCAGAAACCAUCGAUUGGCGUAGACGUGGCCCUGGCCUCCCAGUCAAAGAAUGAACGCCCAGGCGAGGUCAACACCAACAAUGAUGAUGCCGAAGAUGAUGAAGUCUACAGUCCAGGGGGUCGUCCGAGAAUCAGAAGAGUCCCUCCAGUCACCACAGCGAAGCCCCGGUCUUCUCCGACAACUGCUACCUCUGAUCAAGGCCGUCCAAACUCCCCGGAAUCUAUGCCGUCUCCCAGCGCUGAUGCGCCCAUGGUUAUCGAGGAUUAUGCUACAGGACAUCCACCCUCUCCAGGCAUGAACGCCCCGAUCCUUGUGGUCCCCGAGCCCGCCGGAGCUGCUUCGAGUCAACAGGCGCAACAGCAGAGACCGGCUGCACCCAUCAAAUUCGAGCCAUCCAGGCCUGCCUACACGCCUUUCCGUUACAGCGCGGCCGUCCAGGAUGCGAAGCCGAAGUCCCUGCAGCCUGCAGACCAAGCGUACUCCUCACUACGGCACUCGGUAGCUGACUCCGGUCGGUUGAUGGCACAGGAACCACUGUUCACUCCGACAAGGCCGCCCUCGGCCACUGCAAGAAAAGAGCAUGAGGAAGCAUUUAUUGGCUUGAUCAGGAAUCAGAGCAUGGCAGUGAGACAGGGUACGCCGGGGGCAAAAGAUCCUUUCGGGCCAGGCGAAGCCGCCGUAAAGCCGGAACCGCCCCUGGCCAUAAGAGUCGGGACACCAACCAAUGCGCCGGUCGUGGAGCCGGUCAAACAGGCAAUCACAGCUCUGCGAUCUCUGCUACCUAGCGACCCGUCCUUGCACGCUGUCGAUCAUCCCAGCCUGAAGACCAUCAAGCGCAAAAUGGACGCGAUUCCGGACGAGUUCGGGUUCAUCCAUCAGGCCGUGGUCGAAUGGGACCGGACAAACCGAGAAGUUCGAAAGCAGCAGGAUGCCGAAUGUCGUAGUCGCCAGGAGGAGUCGGAGGCACAUAUCGACGCCCUGUUCAAUGACAACGAGAUCGGGUAUGCAGACAUCGCAGAUCUCGAGGCCGAGUUUAAACUCUCGGAAGCAGAAAGACGAUACCAUGAAAACAAGGAAGAGUUGGAAUCUUUUACUGCACAGGUCUUCGCUCCGGUCACAGAAAGAUUGGAGAAAGAGAUUGCAGAGUUGACGACGACUUACACGCUAGCCAUGGACCUUCUGGACCUGGAAAGUGCGUCAGCGAGCCAAUACUUCUGGCGCAAGAAAGAAAAGCUUCUGAUGUCCGAGGUGAUGUGUGAUCUGCUGGCCCUCUUCAAUAAGAUUGAACUUCGGCAUCGAAAGGUCGCCGAGGCUCAUGUAGAGCGAGAAAGACGGCGCAAACAUCUGGAAAUGACGGUGCUCUACACGAAUGGCGACGCCGCUGGUGUGAAGCAGUUGGAAAAGGAUUUCGCGACGGCCGAGAAAAUGCAAGUCCUGCAUGAAGCCCGCGAAAAGGAUACCAUAGCCAACAGGCUGAUGGACGCCUUCGACAGAGCCAUUGUCCGUGGACUGGGUGACAACCAGACGUUCAUUGAUGGCAUUCUUACCAGAUUACAGGACCUCAGGAAAACGAUUCCGCCAGCGGGUCCCUCUGGCAGAGACCCACAUAGGGAGACGGACGCAGCCAGAGACACGUUGUCGUUGGCCCAAAGCGUGGUGGAGACGGUGAUGGCCGAUUCGCGCAAGAUUCUCGCCUUGUCGAACGAGGCGGAAGGCCUUCUGAACGACGCCGACUACGCGGUAUCGGUGGCGGACGCUCGAGUAGCCAAUGCGGACAAAGUGACCUACAGUAAUCUCGAAAGUGAGAAAGCCAAAGAAGAUGCCAAGCUGAGAGAGGAGAUGCAUAGCCGAAUCAGCAGUGUGACCAAGGCCCCGGCGGAGGCAGUCACCUUGAUCCAGGAACUCCUCGAUCGGAUCGGACACGAUCCCGACCAUCAAGAGAGAAUGCGGAAGGCUCUUGAAGCGGCAAAGCAGCGGAACGCUUCGACGGUCCCAGGAUCGCCGUAG